AUGGACUUCGCCUGGGAUAUUGUGCAAUACAAGUGGGACCGCUUCGUCCUGCCGCCACUCCGCAGGUUUUACGAGUUGAAGGAGCACACGGGCGUGCCAAAAUACUUUCGCAUUCCGGGAGGGAGUCCCGACUGGCCUGAGCACUUGUGGGACCAAUAUUUGGGCAUUAAGGUGGACAAUAUUCGCCGACGGGGGCACUUCAUCGAGCAGGUGAAAGCGGACCAGGAGGAGAUGAAACGACUGAAUUUUGACUUUGGCUUGGCGCUAUCCGGUCGCAAGAGUCGGGAGAAGGUGGUGCCGGCGCAUAAGACAAGUCCAGACAUGGAGUUGGGGGUUAUUCGGAAUGAUCGUGAGUCAAAGUGGCGCGAGCGAAUCAUGCCAUCUUUGGAGACUUGUCACAGACUGAAUGGGCAUUGUCAAGUGCCACAGGCGUACGUGGUACCAUCGCAUGAGGACUGGCCGAGACUGUCGUGGGGUCUCAACCUCGGAACAACAGUCAACAGAAUUCGUAGCCUAGGCGGUUAUUCCGCCCAGGUUGCGCGUGAUAAGGCUCGACUGGACGAGCUGGGAUUUGUGUGGGAUACUUACGAAUUCGAGUGGAGCGAGCGUAUCAUGCCAGCGUUGGAGACUUUUCGUCGAUUGAAUGGGCAUUGCCUAGUGCCGAGAAAGUACGUGGUACCAUCGCAUGAGGACUGGCCAAGACUGUCGUGGGACCUGGACCUUGGAGUUAUUGUAAACAAGAUCCGCCACGGCUCUUACUUCACCCAAUUCACUCAUAGUAAGGCUCGUUUAGAGGAGUUGGAUUUUGUGUGGAACGUCCUUGAAUCUGAGUGGAGGGAGCGAAUCUUGCCCGCUUUGGAGACUUUUUAUCGACUACACGGUCAUUGCCGAGUGCCGAUGGCUUUCAAUGUACCGGCGGAGACAUCCUGGCCUGAAAAAUGGCACGGUUUCAAGCUGGGUAUUGUGGUAAGGAAUAUUCGCAGGCCGAUUUGA